AUGAAAAACAGUGGCAAAAGAAAUAUAGAACUGACAUAUUUUUUGGCAGCUGUAGGAGGGCCCGAUGUGGGCAAAUCGCACUUGCUGAACAGAUAUGUUAAUGGCAAUUCUCAUGACACCGAAACUUUUCGCGAAGCGAACAUCCUUCUUAAAAGAGUACGUCUGGAUUAUGACACGAUAGUAACACUUCUAAUGUGGGAUAUUUCUGUUUCGCGCUCAUUCCUCGCGAAAGGAAACGUUCUUGUUGUGUAUGACAUAACACAGAGACGUUCAUUUGAGAAAGCAAAGGAGUUGGUUGAUGAGUUCGCUCAACGGGCCGGGCCAGGUGCCUUUGUAGCUCUUGUGGGGAAUAAAGCGGAUCUUGAAAGUAGAAGGGAGGUGUCUUUUAAGGAAGCUCAGGAUUAUGCAGACGGAAACAAUAUAGUUGAGAUUUUUAUGGAAGUGUCAGCACUUACAGGCGAAAAUGUGGAAGACCUUUUCUCCAAAUCAGUAUUUGGAACACAAGAGUACCUUUGGACAGUGUAUUUUGAUCUUCCAAGUAUGAGUACUCCUGAGAAGUUUUUACUGAAG